AUGCUUUACUUCCAGAUGGUGAUCAUGGCCGGGACUAUCAUGCUGGCCUAUUACUUCGAGUACACGGAUACAUUCAGCGUGCACGUGCAAGGAUUCUUCUGCUACGACACCACGUACACCAAGCCGUACCUGGGCCCGGAGGACAGCAGCGCCGUGCCCCCCGUCCUGCUGUAUGCACUGGUGGCUGGGCUGCCCACGUUACUGAUCACGGUGACAGAGACAGCGCUGUUCCUGGUUCAGUACACGUCCAAAGAGUUUGACCGCUCAGAAAAGUCUGUGGCCAUCGGGGACUGCUGCUACCUCAACCCGCUGGUCCGACGCACCGUGCGCUUCCUGGGAGUGUACGUUUUCGGCCUCUUCACUGUGGACAUCUUUGUGAACGCGGGGCAGGUGGUCACGGGGAACCUGGCCCCAUACUUCCUGACUGUGUGCAAACCUAACUACACCGCACUGGGCUGUCAGCAGGCACUGCGCUACAUCAGCCACCAGGAGGCGUGCACGGGCAACCAGGACGACAUCCUGCGAGCGAGGAAGAGCUUCCCGUCCAAAGAGGCAGCUCUCAGUGUGUACGGAGCUCUCUACCUGGCUAUGUACGUGACGUGUGUGGUGAAAUCCAAAGGCACUCGUCUGGCGUCUCCGGUGCUGUCUCUGGGGCUCAUGUGCCUGGCCUUCCUCACCGGACUCAACCGUGUGGCCGAGUAUCGCAACCACUGGUCUGACGUGAUCGCAGGCUACAUCAUCGGGACCGCCAUCGCCACUUUCCUGGUGGUGUGUGUGGUGCAUAACUUCAAGGGGAAGCUGCUCCUGAGUGAGGACCCGCCUGUCCCCGAGCAGGUGCCCAGCCCCGCUGCACUGAACCUGGGCCGCGUGGAGAGUCCUCUGGAGAAGUACAUGUCCUCCCAGAACCACAUCGCCUUCGCUGAGGUCACAUGA